CACAGAUCGGAAACGCCGCUCCGCCCACUGCGACGCGGUAGCUAUGGUAACUAGUCAGCUCUUCGCCGGAGUUUACUAGCAAAGUAGUCUUCAUCAAUGAACAUUCAUUGAAUUUCUACAAGGCAAUGCACUAAGCAGGAGAGAGACAAAGAGAUGAAAAUGGCAAAAAUAGAAGCAGAAGAUCACAGAGAAGCACUGUCUCAGUCUUCUUUAUCCCCCUUGACGAAAGUAAUGGAGGUAUCACAGCAAAGCAACCCUGAAGGUACCUUGGAUGGGAAUACUGUGGACCCAAUUUACAAUUAUGUUUUGAAUGAUUUACCAAGGGAUUUUAUGUCAUCCCAGGCAAAAGCAGUUAUUAAAACUACUGAUGAUUAUUUGCAGCUUCAGUUUGGCCCCAACAGCCUUUUGCAUUCAGCAGCAGUAUCAGAAGGGUCAGGACUUCAAGAUUGCUCCACACAUCAAACAGCAUCAGAUCACAGCCGUGAUGAAAUACCAGACCUAGACAGCUACAAAUCAAACAGUAAAAACAAUUCUUGGUUUAUAUCAGCAUCCAAGAGAAACAGACCUAUCAGUGCUCCAGUGGGUCAACUGAGGAUUACAGAAUUUUCUUCUUUAAAAUUUCAGUUGGCCCAGAAUUGGCAUAGAUUGUCUCAAAGACACGAACUUCAACCAAGAGUGAUUAAAGUAACAGCUUACAAAAAUGGAUCUAGAACAGUCUUUGCCAAAGUUACUGUACCAACCAUCACCUUGUUGCUGGAGGAGUGCACAGAAAAGCUGAACCUGAACAUGGCCGCAAGACGAGUGUUCUUGGCAGACGGCAAGGAAGCCCUCGAACCUAAAGAUAUACCCUAUGAAGCCGACGUUUAUGUUUCAACGGGAGAGCCUUUUUUAGAUCCGUUCAAAAAAAUUAAAGACCAUCUGUUGUUAAUGAAGAAAGUAACUUGGACAAUGAAUGGGUUGAUGCUUCCUACUGAUGUCAAAAGACGGAAAACCAAGCCUGUUCUUUCUACUAGAAUGAAGAAACUUACUCAGAGGACCUCAGUCCGAAUUCUGUUCUUUAAAAAUGGCAUGGGACAGGAUGGGCAUGAGAUUACAGUGGGAAAGGAAACAAUGAAAAAGGUUUUAGAUACUUGUACGAUCAGAAUGAAUCUAAAUUCACCAGCCAGAUAUCUUUAUGAUUUGUAUGGCAGAAAAAUUGAAGAUAUUUCAAAAGUUCUUCUGCUUGAAAAAUGCCUGCAAAAUUCCAUCACACCUUUGCGGGGACCACUUUGGGUCUCUAAGGGAGAAGGUUUCAGCCCCUCAGGAGCUAAAGUGUACAUCCAAGGAGUUCUUUUGGCCUUGUACCAACGAUUAAAGUCUGCAAAAAAAUAUUAUAAACAGAAGACAGCCAGAAGGCAGCCAUCUCCAAGCCAGGAAGAGAGCCCUCAUCAGAACAUGACUUUGAACCUGGCUGUGAAUGAACAGAAGGAGGAAAUUACAGAGAAAGUCAUUCUUUCAAUGACAGUGAAGGAAAACCAUAAGGCACAAGAAGAAGUGAGCAGGCUGAUUGAUGAAUUGCAGACAGCUAUCAAAAGCAACAAAGGUCAUCUCUCUAAACUUGGCCCCCAAUUACAGGCUGAGCAGGAGCAAUUCUCCUCUUAUGUCUACCAACACAUUAAAAGCCUUCCAGCAAACACUCUUAUCCCAGGAGACCUGCAGCUCAAGGUAUUUGAAAAUGGUAAAAACACUGGAGAGAUCUCUGUUCGUAUCAGUAAAAAAGAGUUGAGGUCUAAUAGCCCAACUCAAACUGGCGAUAUGAUGGAAAGAUUACUUCUCAGGAUUCAUCAAAGGCUUCAAGGUUCUUCCAUCAACCCACCAGGCCUCAAUGUUUCCUCAAUCCGGCUUUUUGAUGAGAAUGGUCAACAAAUUAAGAAUCCACUUUUGCUGAAGAAUGAGCAAAAAAUUUGGGUCUCUUAUGGUAAAGCAUACAGAUCUCCACUAAACCCUGUCUUGGGUUUGACCUUUGAUCGAGUGACUGCAUUUGCCAGAGGUGGCAUCAUAGUUGCAUAUAAGACCUUUUUGGAUACUGAUGCUGUUCUGCUACCUGGAUGUGACAAUUGGGAAGUUUGUGAGGGAUUUCCAAUUAAUUUUAACUACACCAGUCAACAGAUACCUGAGCAGUUUGAAAAGGUGGACUUGGAGAAUCAUUUUCUACAGAACAAGACUGGAAUGAUCCUAAGCCGAGCAAUAACUCAAGGCUGCCUAGCCAUUGGUCAUCCAAUCAGAGUCAAGACUGCUGAGGGAACAUCACUAGAAGGAUAUAAAUUAGUCCUACAGAAAAGACACAAAAGAGAUGAAUUUCAGAAGUGGGUGUUUGGAACUGAUGGCUGUAUUUAUUCUAAGGCUUAUCCUCAGUUUGUUCUGACCUACCUAGAGGAGCUAAAUGCACAAGUGGAUGUGGCCCAGACAGAGUAUCACAUUCACCACGGUGCCUGGACCACAGCUCAUCAGGAACGUGGCAGAAACUUAGCAGAAGAGGUUCUGCAAAGAAGUGCUAGCAACUCUGUUCUGAAGCAACUGCCAGAACCCUCAGACAGCCAUUUAAUGCCAGAAGGUUCUCUUGAGGAGACAGGACAGCUGACAGUGGCACUAGUGAGGAAACUGGAAGAGAAACAUCCUAAGGCUUCUGCUCAGAGGUAA